CCCGCCCGCCCUCCUACCCUCCCGCCAGCCACGGCCACUACAUCCCCGCGCCGCCCCCUCCUCCGCCUCCUUCAAGGGCUCUGCUGCUGCCUCUUCCUCCUCCUCAUCUUCCUCGCCCUCUCGCCGUUCGCCGCCGUCCUCGUCGUCGCUCCUCGUUCGUUCCCGCCCAAGAAGCCCCAGUUCGACCUCAACCAGGUCGCCGUCACCUACCUCCCGUCUCCCCGACCCCCGCCAGAACUCGCCUACCUCACCCUGAACCUGACCCUCCUCUUCACCGCCCAGAACCCCAACGGUCGCAAGCAUACCGGGUACGACCAGUGCGUCUUCUACGUCAUGUACCACGGCGUGCCGCUCGGCGUCGCCACCUGCCGGUGGUUCGCGCAGCCGGCGCACAGCAGCAGGACGCUGGUCCAGACGAGGGUCAGCUUAAGCCGGUUCGACGUGAGCAGGGCCGACGCGAUGGCCCUCGUCAAGGCGACGCGGCGUCAACGACCGGGUCAGCUCAGGAUCGCCGGCGACGUGGGGUCCAGUACCGUGCUCGGCUACACUGUCGCCUCGGUCCAGGUGGCGGUGGAUUGCGCGAUUGUGAUAAGCCCGAGGAGGCAGUCGCUCACCUACAAGCAAUGCGGGGUCGAUGGAUUGAACGUCUGAAUUUUUCUGUAUUUUUUUUUUUUUUGCCGAUUUUUCUGAAUUUUUUUGAUUUCUUUGGCGGAGAGUAAAGGGGAGCGCUUGCUAUUGUGCACUGACGGUGGGCGGCGGUGCGGAAUUUUUCGGAAAACCCCUUCGAUUUUACUAAUAUUACUGAAUAGGACAUUCACUGAGAAACAUUCUCGGGGAUGUUUUUCUCAUUUUCUGUGC